CUAGGGACGGUGGGGAAUGAUAUUAUUCAUUAUCAUGAAGUUUGAGGUGAAAAAUACCCAUGAAUUGUGUGCAACUGUUUUUUCUUACAAAGUUUGGUUCAAAAGAAGGAUCCAGUAAUAGAAGUACUUUUGCCAAUGACAUUUGUGUCCUGAAUUUUCCAUUUUCCUGUGAAUCAAGGAGCACAAAAUGUUUGUGUUGAAUGGCUAAAUCCUCAUUGCAACUCUGAAAUCUUAUUGGUCCAGGAUAUUAGCCAAUUUCUUUUGAUACAAGAUAGAGUGUCAGGAAUUAUUGUGGAGGAAGAUCUCCUUUGUGUGUAACCCUCACUCUUAGAAUACGAAGCUCUCUUCCAGCAGUUAUUUAAGAUUCGGUUCUACUGGGCAAAUCUCCUUUGGCAAAAGUUUCCUAAUCUCCUUUGGUUAGAUUUCAAGUAGUAAAAAUAUAUGAAAAAUAAAUUUUGCCUUCUUAAAAUAUCAUUCAGCUUUCAAAAGGUGAGUAUUAUCGUUCAGAGGUAAUUUCACUAGGAAUUCCACCCGUUCUUGGGGGCAAAUCUCCUUUGGCAUCUUUUCGAUUAUCUUGGUUUGUUUCUUCUAAUAGCUAGACUUUUCUCUUCCAGUAAACUACCCAAUAGUAGACAUUUUUGUUGUUGUAAGUCUCUUCCAAAGGUUACAUCUGUGAAAAUUCCGUUCAAGUCGGGCAUAUCUCCUUUGGCAUUUUGGAGUCCUUGAUUCCUAUAAUCCUAUUGGUAAAAAGAGAUCAAGAUUGGGUUGUAUUAUCCUCGGAAAAUCUCCUUUGGCCUCAGCUCUCCAGUUUCAACGUUCAGACUAAUCAUUUGGAGAAACUGUUUGUGACUAAAAUCAGUAUCAAUUAGAAAUAUUUUGUAGUACAACAGUUAUCCAUUGAAAUCAAUAGUGGCAAAAGUUGUGAUCACUAUACACACACUGGGGUUUGAUGCUUCAAUUUUCUUGAGAAGGUCUCAUUCAAGAUAACAAAACUACAGGAUUGAAUUCUACAUCUAAAUUAACAGUCUGUGCCCUUUCUUCUCAAGAUACCAUUUAGCGCAAAAUAAUUCUGGUUCUAUCUAUUUCAGAAUCUGGUAUAUAAUUGAUGGAUCCUAUGAUUAGUGAUUCAGACUGGGAGAUUUCCAGUGAUAGCAACAGCAGUGAGGAUCAAGAGGAAAUGGAUUUUCUAUAUGGUGGAAAAGCUCAGAGUAUAUUAUCAAGUUUAGAGGAAACCAUUGGAAGGAUUGAUGAUUUUCUUUCAUUCGAGAGAGCAUUUGUUCAUGGAGAUGUGGUCUGCUCCUUGUCUGACCUGUCUGGACAAAUGGGUAGGGUAACAAGUGUUGAUGUGUUUGUGGAUUUGGAAAAUGUUAAAGGAAAAGUAAUAAAAAAUGUAAACUCGAGGAAGCUUUUGAGGAUUCGCUCCAUUUAAGAAGGUGAUUAUGUAAUUAAGGGGCCAUGGCUUGGUAGAGUUCAAAGAGUGGUAGACAAAGUCACUGUAUUGUUUGAUGAUGGAGAUAAAUGUGAUAUCACUGCCUUGGAAAGAGAAAAAAUUUUACCACUGACUGGUAAUUUUCCUGAAGAUUCACAGUAUCCAUACUAUCCUGGACAGAGAGUAGAGGUUAAGUCCUCCAAUUCUUCUAAACCAACCAGAUGGCUGUGUGAUACUUGGAAGCGCAAUCGUGAUGAAGGAACUGUUUGUGCUGUGCAAGCAGGCAUGGUGUAUGUUAAUUGGAUUUCCUCUGUUCUUAUGAGUUGCAAUUUGAGUGUGAGCACUCCUCAAUGCUGGCAAGCUUCUGAAAAUUUGACUGUGCUAUCUUGUUUUUCGAAUGCAAACUGGCACCUUGGAGAUUGGUGCAUGCUUUCAGUUGUAGACCAAGAGGAAGAGGCUAUUCAGCAUCCACCUAUUAGUGAUCUUACAAUGGAGCAAUGUGUGUCCAGAGAGUAUAAGAGAAAUAACUUUAACUCUCACAUUGGUGAGUUGUUUAUAAUUGGGAAGAUAAAGACCAAAGUUGAUGUUGUGUGGCAAAAUGGUGAACAUACUUUGGGACUGGAUCCAGAGAAUUUACUGCCUGUGAAUGUUAUAAACAAUCAUGAAUUUUGGCCACACCAGUUUGUUCUGGAAAAAGGUGCUUCUGAUUGUCCUCUUAAAAAUAGAAGUCAAAGAUGGGGUGUUGUCCAAUGUAUGGAUGCAAAGGAGCGUACUGUAAAGGUACAAUGGAAAACUAUUUCCAUAUCCAACCCAGAUAAUUUGACUGGAGAAAAAUUGGAGGAAACUGUGAGUGCAUAUGAACUUGUAGAGCACCCAGAUUACUCCUGCUUUUUUGGUGAUAUUAUGUUCAAAGCGGCUCAAAAACAGCUUGGCAACCAAGCUGAUAAAGAAACAGAAAAAUCAGUGACAGACGUGAAUGCAGAGGCUGUUCCCAAAAAUGGGAACCAAAUAGGUUAUCAGGAUGAGUUCCCUGAUAAUUUCAUGUCCUGUAUUGGCAAUGUUACUGGUUUCAAAGAUGGCAAUGUGGAGGUGACAUGGGCAACUGGUUUCACAACUAAGGUUGCACCAUAUGAAAUUCUUCGAAUUGAGAAACAUGAAGAUUCAACUGCAGCCACCACUCCUUAUGAGACAAAUGUUGAAGAGUUAACUCGGGAGAUGAUUGAACAUGAGAGUCUGUCUUCAGACCAGAAGGGAAAGGACCUAUUAAAUGGUGCUGUUAGUAGAGAGAAUGGUGAAAAGAAUAUUGGGGAAUGUAGUUCUUUUUCCUUUCCUCGAGCUGCCUUUGAACUUUUCUCCAGCAUUAAAGCCAGCAUAUUCCAAACACUCAGUGGAGCCUUACUCUCAGGAGCAGUUUCCGCGUUACCUACAUUUGAAAAAGAGAAUGAAUACGAUUUUGUAGAUAAGAAAGAUUUGGAAACUUGUGAUAUCUUUGCUGAACAACAUCCAAUGACUGAGCUGCAAUCUACUGAAGACAAAAGUUCAUAUCCUGAAAAUAUCAAGACUUGUGAGAAGAAUGAUUUGUUUCCAUUUUCUUUAGACACCAACAGUCCAAACCAGUUCAAGCAGUUCGAUGUGAUAGAAAAUUGCCCUGAUCACCAUUUUUUUGAUGAGGGAAAAGGGUUACCUAUAUCACAGGUAAAAAGAGGUUGGGUGAAAAAGGUUCAGCAAGAAUGGAGCAUCCUCGAGAGAAAUCUUCCUGAAACUAUUUAUGUUCGUGUUUUUGAAGAAAGAAUGGAUCUCAUGCGAGCAGCUAUUGUCGGUGCUUCGGGAACCCCUUAUCAGGAGGGAUUGUUCUUUUUUGAUAUAUGCUUCCCUCCGGAGUAUCCCAAUGAACCACCCAUGGUGCACUACAAAUCUGGAGGCCUCCGAUUAAAUCCUAAUUUGUAUGAGUCAGGAAGAAUCUGUCUGAGUCUCCUUAACACUUGGACAGGCACUGGCACUGAAGUGUGGAACCCUGGAGCCUCCACAAUUCUCCAAGUCCUUCUCUCUCUACAGGCACUUGUCCUUAAUGAGAAGCCUUAUUUCAACGAGGCUGGAUAUGACCAACAAAUUGGCAGGGCUGAGGGAGAGAAAAACUCAGUCACUUACAAUGAAAAUGCUUUCCUUGUCACAACCAAAUCGAUGAUGUAUGUAUUAAGAAAGCCACCAAAGCAUUUUGAAGAACUGGUGGAAGAGCACUUCAGAAACCGCUCCCAAAAUAUACUUCUUGCUUGUAAGGCAUGUCUUGAAGGAGCUUCCAUUGGAUGUGUUUUUGGUACUGGAAAAUCUGAAGAUGAAAACCUGAAGGGAACUUCAGCAGGAUUUAAAAUUAUGCUUGCUAAGCUCUUCCCCAAGCUUGUAGAGGCAUUUUGUGAUAAAGGAAUUGAUUGUAGUCAGUUUGUUAAUUUACAAAAGUAACUUUACUUACAAAGUUGUAAGUAACUACCAAAAAUCCCGACCUAGAUAUUCCAAUCUUGUGUGUAAUAUUUAUACGUUUACAUAUCUGUAUAAUAUCAAAUCCAACCUUGUGGUUUGGUGCUAUGCUACUGCUGAUAAAAAGUUCAAGAGUAUCAUAAGUGUGCUUAUGAUAUGUGCAUGUAUUACAACAUAGCUUCUAGAAGUAAAAAAUGGAAUAAGAAAUACAAUUAUUGGAGUGA